AUGGCUUCGUCCCCACACAGCUCCUCUCCUAUCCACCACCUCCUCGUCUUCUUCCUCCUCUUCGCUGCUGCCACGGCCUUCCCCGUCACCUCCGAGUUCGAACUCGGCAUCCAGAAGAGAAUCCACUUCCGCGUCUACUUCCACGAGACCUUUCUCGGCCCCGACAACACCACCGUCACCGUGGUGAACAUGAGCCUCCCCUACACCUUCGGGGACAUCGACAUCUUCGACGCCGUGCUGAGGGUCGGCUCCGACGCUAGCUCGACGGUCGUCGGAAGGGCGCAGGGCGCGGGCUUCCACAUGUCGCAGCAGGAGGAGGCGUCUCUGAUACCGCUGGUACUGGUGUUCACGGCGGGGGAGUUCGCCGACAGCACACUCACGGCGAUCGGUAGACUGGACGCGUCCGGGAAAGCGGAGCGGGCCAUCGUGGGUGGAACGGGGGUGUUCCAGUACGCAUGGGGAAAGCUGGCGAGCGAGCUGGUGACGUCCUCCGUCGAGGGCCUCGUCGCCGCCUUCGACGUCUACGUCAUCUACUACACAGACGUCGGUCGCAGUGCCAGCCCAUGA